UGGUUUCUUCUUAUGUGUCUGUCCCAUGACUUACUACUUAUGUAAUGAACAGUACAUUGAACUUUAUAGGAAAAGAGAAACAAACUACAGUAAGUGAUGAUGACAUUACGUCUGGCCGGAAAACAUCAGGAUAUUUAAAAGACAAGCCCAGAGUCUCUCCUUUAGUAAGCAGGAAUUUAAGGCAGGCAUGGAAAAUAAAUAAAUAAAUAUACAUAUUAGUGCUGAUAAUCAAUUAAAAAAAUUAACUAAUUAAUUUCAAUUUUUUUCUGUAAUUAAUUGUGAUUAAUCGCAGCUACCAUCAAAUAUUUUUGUAUUCUAACAAUUUCACAUUCAAUCUCCAAAUUAAUGUAGUAACAACGUAAAUACAGUGUAUUUAAAAUAUUUUAUCUAACAGGUAAGCAUAGGCGUAAUUUUGGGGUGGGACGGGUGGGACAUGUCCCCACCACUUUUUUGCCAGUGUCAGUAUUGUCCCCACCACUUUUUGAAUACCUAAUACAAAAAAAGCAUCUCCAUUUGAUUAGAAAUUCAUUCGUUUGUGUUAAAUAAGUGGCGAUCUGGUGCUGGAAUAUGUUGUUUUUUAAAUCAUGCUGAGUGCCCGUUGCCGCUGUGAUCAGUGACGGAAGGCAACAGUGUUCUCUUGGCGCUGGCGCACACUGCGCAGUCUUUACACAGACAAGCACUUCAAUCUAUCAUUUAAAGCUGUUGCACAAGACUCUCUAUUCGUUCAGGUGAAAUCACAAAACAAAAUUCACACAAACGUGUCCCUGCUCUUGAUAUUCAAUAACCGACUAACAUAUUUGGUUUUAAUGAGGGGGACAAAAAAACGAUAUAAGAGCAGAUUAGAACCAAGAUCCUCUCUGACACACUUAACAAAAGUUCUACCACCAGACUAUUCACACACACACAAGCAUUCUGUGCGAAUCUAUGUAUUUAUUCACUGACGUGACGAAUCUCGGGACUAACAAUAUAUUAUAUAAUAGUAGAUGUAAGCAUGAAACUAUCACAUUAAAUAUGACUUCUGUGUCGAUAAAUUCAAAUAAAUGUACUAUUAAAAUUGAUUUCUGGACAUUGUAAUGUUAUUUUGUUCUGCAAUAAUUAGUAACCCCCCCUCUCCCUCCUGUCCUACCCAAUUUUUAAAACAAUUUCUGCAAGUAAGAAAUAUACAGAAAUUGAAUAGUUAUCAAACACUUCACAGUUUUCAUUAAAUUAAUAUAAAUUGCAUAAAUUAUAAAUUAAAUAUAGAUUUUUUUUCGGUUAAAUCAUUAAUAAAUAGGCUACUAAAUAUACCAUUAAAAAAUAUAUAGUUUUGAUUUCAUGGUGACUUUAACAUCACCCUUGUGAGAAAUACUGUUCAUUGACCAGUACAGUAGAUGGCGAUAGUUCUCCUAAAGAGUUUAUCACCAUUAAACAACAAUAUGAAGAAGAACACCCGUACACAGACAGCAGCGCAAUCCGAAAGACAGAUUCAUCUCUAUUGGUAGCGUAUUCAUUGCAACACAGAACACCAACACAUAUACUGUAAACAUAAAGAUAAGUGAAAUGGAACAACGUGAGACAGAACGUUUACAUGUGUAUGUUUGUUCGUGUGAAAGGGUCUGAACUGACAAAUGGAUGUAACUGACAUGUUAACUGUAGCGUGUUUGUAUCCGGGAGCCCUAACGGAGUGUGUGUGCACCCACAACUCCGAAGCAGGCAAGAUGACACCAUUUUCUAAGAACAUGGUUUCUGUCUCUGUCUGGAUAACAGUCGUAAUCCUUUUCGGUUCUACCUGUGAUGGUGGCAAAAUCUUGGUGGUGCCGUUGGAGGGAAGUCACUGGGUGAACAUGGACAUCCUCAUCAAGGCUUUACAUGGUCAAGGGCACAGCAUUGAUGUAAUACGCACCUAUAAUAGCUGGUUUGUAAAGGAGAAUUCAACUUAUUACAACUCUAUAACCAUACCUAACACCACAGGAAUGGAUGAAGAAUUUAUGGAUGACAUGCUCUCCAAAAUAAUCAACCAUGAAAGAGGAAAGAGCCACUGGCUGAGUGAUGUACAGCUGUAUUUCGAUAUAACUGGUAGCAUGUAUAACAUGCAUAAAAUAGUAUGUCAGCUUAUAACAAACAUGUUUGAAAGUGAGGAAAUUAUGAAGGCACUGCAUGAUAAACAGUACGAUCUGAUGCUAACUGAUCCAGUAUGGGGUGCAGGCAUUUUCUUGGCUCAUGAACUCAAGUUACCCAUGGUAUAUAACGUGAGAUGGACCACUCCUGGAGAGGGACACUUCGACAUCGCUCCCUCACCGUUGUCUUACAUCCCUAUCACAAGAUCUGGAAACACUGACAAAAUGAUCUUCUUUCAACGAGUAAAAAAUGUUUUCUACUAUUUCCUACUGUACUUUCAGUACAGCUAUUUUAAUUUGCCACAGUACCAAGCACUGUGUGACAAAUAUUUCCAUCCGCCUGUACGUUUUUACGAACUUCUCCAGGGGGCUGAUAUAUGGCUUAUGAGGGUUGAUUUUGUUUUUGAAUUUCCACGUCCAACUAUGCCAAAUAUCAUCUACAUUGGUGGCUUCCAGUGUAAACCAGCGAAGGCCCUUCCACAAGAUCUGGAGGACUUCAUGCAAAGUUCUGGAGAGCAUGGAGUCAUUAUCAUGUCUUUAGGGUCGUUUAUCAGUGAUCUACCAGAUGAUGUAACAACAGAUAUAGCUGCUGCUUUUUCUCUGCUCCCUCAAAAGGUGAUUUGGAGAUACACUGGAAUAAGACCAUCUACUUUGGGGAACAACACAUUACUGGUUGACUGGAUGCCACAGAACGAUCUUCUAGGGCAUCCAAAGACUAAAGUUUUUAUUGCACAUGGCGGAACCAAUGGGGUUCAAGAAGCUUUGUACCACGGUAUUCCAGUGGUUGGAAUUCCAUUCUUUUUUGACCAGUACGACAAUCUUCUUCGAUUACAAGAAAGGGGAGGAGCCAAGAUACUCUCCAUCGCAACUUUAGAUAAAAACACUCUGCAUGCAGCCCUACAGGAAGUAAUCAAUGAACCAUCUUACAGACUGAGUAUGCAGAGACUCUCUCAUCUGCACAGAGACAAACCAAUUAAACCUUUGGACAGCGCCCUCUUCUGGAUUGAGUUUGUAAUGAGACACAAAGGUGCUGCUCACCUCCGUACAGAGUCUUACAAACUGCCUUGGCACUCCUAUUACUCAGCAGAUGUUGCAGUUAUAUUGUUUGCAGUUGUUUUGAUAUUCACUCUCUCCAUAUUUUUUACAGUUAGAUAUCUGUGUAUCAAGUGCUGUAGCAAAAAAAGGAAAACUGAGUGACACAUUUGCAAAUGAAGUAUAGACAUGGUUUCUUCUUAUAUGUCUGUCCCAUGACUUACUACUUAUGUAAUGAACAGCACAAUGAGGAAAAGAGAAACAAAAUACAGCAAUUAAUGAUGACGACCCCAGGAUAUUUAAAAGACAAGCCCAAAGUCUCGUUUAGUAAGCAGGAAUAAUAACAUUUGUUAAGGUAUAUAUUGUAAAGGUUUUUAUUAAGUUUUUCAUCUGAAUCUCAGACAACUUGCAUGACUCCUUCACUUUUAAUUUUAAUUCUGCUUUCCGUGUCUAUGUACUUUAGUUUAAUUUUUCUAAAAUGUUUUAUGCAUUCAUGUAUCUGAAUUUGCCUUUAUAGUAAUCAUUUUUCUACAGAAAAAUAUUACUCAGUGUCAAAUAACAAUAUAAUGUGGUGCAGUGAUAUUUUCUAUAAUUAAUGCUAUUAUUAGCUAGUUUUACUCUGACUGAGAAAGGCAUCCUAAAAAAUGUUUUGCAAGUAUAGUUUAUUUAUUUGAGGCACUGUAAUUGAUCACUUUUUAAUCUAAAAUGUCGACAUUGGAUGAAAAGUUUGUGUCCAUGUUAUCUGUCAACUAUUUAACUGUGCGAAACUUAACCUGGCCAGUUUAGUAACUAAUUUUAAUUAACAAUGCUGUACGUGUGCUGUUUCAGCAGAGGUCUGGAAAAUCAUUUACAAACUUCAUUAGCAAUUGAAGAGGUAAAAGUUUAGUUUGAUUAUGGUUUAAAAGAAUAAUUCUUAACUGGACUUGAGUUUUGCAUUAAACAUCAAGUGAUGACCAAAAUCAAAAUUGAUUAUUGAAGUAAUAAAAACAAAAAAUAAUAAAAUGUGCAGUUCAUUUAUUAA